GCGUAUUCGACUGGUACCUUUUUGAUGAGUAAAAAUAGGCUCCGCCCAUAUGCGCACUACUUAAAAGUUUCUCAACAGUCUUGUACCAGUCGAACGCAUAAAAUGAGAAAUGAGUAAAAGUUACGUAUAAGUACCAGUCGAAUGAAAUAAGAAAAAAGAAUGGUCACUUCCGGUCAAAAAAAAAAGGAAAACAGAAAAUACAAAUAAACAUGUCGAUAGAACAGUUGACGUUUUUAGCAGCUACUGUCUUUGAUAGCAGCGACAGCGAGAGUGAGGACGAUGAUCUUCCACUUUUAACCUUAUUGGCUUCUUCAUCAAUAAAAUGGCGAAAUGCAACCAAAGAAAGACACAGACAAAAGAAAUAUACAAGGAACGUUGUUUCCCACUUUCACCUAGAUGAAUUCAAGACUUUUUUCAGAGUUGACAGAGUGAGUGUUCAGUGUCUAAAAGAGAAAAUUUCUUCAAUAUGCACCCAACAGAAUAUAUCAGGCAUUUUAUGCCGCACGUCUACAGGAGGAUCAGCGCAGACUCCACUCGAGGACCGCCUACUCAUGUUUCUAUGGUAUAUGGCCAGUUUAGACAAGUAUGCUGCCAUUGCAGAUAGAUUUGGAACAAGUGAAAGCACAGCUUUAUAUUCAAUUCACAAUUUAAUAACUUUCAUCAAUGACUAUCUAUUAGAUGCAGUUAUUCUCUGGCCUACUCCUACAGAGAUUCAGGAAAUCAAGGAUAUGUAUUUUGAUCUUAAAGGGUUUCCUGGCAUCAUUGGAUUCAUUGACGGGACACAUAUUUCAAUUAAAAGACCACCAGACAGGGGAAUUGACUAUUACAACCGUAAAGAUUUUUAUUCAAUAGUCCUGCAAGCUGUUGUACGAGAAGAUCUCCGCUUUAAAGACAUUUUUGUUGGCUUUCCAGGAAAGGUCCAUGAUGCGCGUGUUUUGCGCCACUCAAAAUUGUUUGAAAAUGGACCAGUCUUAUGUGGAGAUGGUCAUUUGUUAGGCGACUCGGCUUAUCCUAAUCUUUCAUGGUUAUUAACACCUUUCAGAGACAAUGGGCAUCUUACUGAAGUCCAAACACGUUAUAAUUACACACACAGCAGCAUUCGUAGUACAGUUGAACGUGCAUUUGGUUUACUAAAAGGGCGAUUUACCAGAUUAAAGCACCUUGACCAAAACGAUACAAAAUUAAUGAUUAAAACUAUAGUGACAGGGUGUAUACUGCACAAUAUCUGCAUCUUAAACAAUGAUGAUUUCCAGGAUAUGAUGACAGAUGACCAAGUUCCCCAAGUCUUGCCCAAUGCAGGUAUAUAUGACCAGGAAUUGAUGAACAGAGGGUCACUCAAAAGACUUCAAAUUGCAAGAAGAUUGUGUUAAGAAUUAUUCCUUGUGAAUAAAAAAAA